ACCCAAGCGGCAUGGGCUCCAUCGUUUGCAGAGCCCGCACAGAAGACGUGCAGUCUUUUGUUUAAAAUGGUUCGAAUUUCAAGACAGCGACGGUGGGCAUUACACCAGGCCUGGGCCUUGUCUCUGAGGGCGCUUUCCUCCUGCAUGCGGGGCCUUGACAUCUCUUCCUGGGGCUGUGGCUCCCUGGCCUCCUGCUCCUCUCCUGGCUGUCACCUUUGGGCCAAAGACCCCACGGGGAGGAUGUGCACACAGCCCUCCGAGGGGUGAUAGAGCCGGGCCUGGGAGCAGGACUCCUGGGCAUUCUCUGAGCUAAAGCUCCUCCAACGAACUGCCGUUGGCCCAGCCUUUCUCUCCCCAUGUGGGGUGCAGACCCAAUACCCCAUUAUUCCUGGAGGGAGUUGAGGGGUAGCAGGCUCUUGUGGAUGAAGAGGAGGAGCCCCCAGUAGGAGGAACUGUGACCUUGGCUCUCCGUGCUCCCCAGAGGAGGGGAGGCCAGGAGGAGCUGAGCCUUGGGGAUGGGGGGGUCCUGUUCCCGUGGUUCUGGGGUCCCAGCACACCCCCACUGUGGCAUCCAGCCCCCUGCUCAGAAUCCCAAGUCCCUGCUGUGGGUGGGAGCAGCCAGCCUGGCCAGGUGUGCUCCCGCCCCGGGCCCCAGGCAGGUAGGCUGCACCAGGCCCGCCUUCCUUCCCACCAGCAAGAAGGGUGGCAGGUCGGCAGGUGGGCAGGUCUGGGCAGCAGGCUGCUGAGUCAGUUUGCAAGGAAUGUUCUGGCCUCUCCCAGCUUCACCCUGUCCCCACCUGCCCCCACCUCACCCUGCUCCCCAGGCGCUGCUGGCGCGGCGCCCGUGCCGGGGAAGCAUCUUCAGCCCAGGCUUGCUUGGACAAGCUCUCCCCAGCAGCCCACCCCCACUCUUCCCCCUACGUGCCCCUAUGACCCCAGCAGAGCCCCUGGCCCCUUAGAACCCCCAUCUCCACGCUCCCCUGUCAUUCCCGGGCCAGGGGCUGCCGUGUGUGAACAGGCUCCACCUGUGUGACUCCACCCGUGUGACCGACAAACCAUGGCGGGCCUGAGCCAGCAGGGAGGCGAGAUGGGGCGCUCCCCAGGUGCCCACAGCACCCCGGCCCCGGAGGGCACCUCGGCUGUACCUGGGCUCAUUCCGGACCUCAUCUCUGGGCUCCCCUGGCCCCGCUGGGCACUCAUUGCUGUCGCUGUGGCUGCUGGUGUCCUCACGGUUUCCUGCCUCCUUUGUGUCAUUUGUUGCUGCUGCCGCCGGCGUCACCAUGGUCACAGGAAGAAGCCCAGGGACAGAGAGGCCGUGGGCCUGAGCAGUCCCCAAGGCACAACCACCAGCGCCCACCUGGUGCAGCCGGAUGUGGACAGUUUGGAGGGGGGCCCCCAGCACUGGGGGCGCCUGCAGCUCUCCCUGGAGUAUGACUUCGGAAGCCAGGAGGUCAGAGUGGGCCUCAAGCAGGCCACAGACCUGAGGGCCUGGGGCCCUGGCAGCACGGCGGAUCCGUACGCUCGCGUCAGCCUCUCCACCCAGGCAGGACACAGGCACGAGACGAAGGUGCACCGUGACACGCUCUGCCCCAUGUUCCAGGAGACCUGCUGCUUCCACGUGCCACAGGAAGAGCUGUCCCAGACCACCCUGCAGGUGCAGGUGCUGAGCUUUAAGCGGUUUUCUGCCCACGAGCCGCUGGGCGAGCUCAGCCUGCCACUGGGCACCGUGGACCUGCACCACGUUCUGGAGCACUGGUACCAGCUGGGCCCACCGGGCACUGUGGAGCCUGAGGCGUGGGGGGAGCUGUGCUUCUUGCUCCAGUACAUGCCCAGCUCAGGCCGGCUGACCGUGGUCGUGCUGGAGGCCCGAGGCCUGAGCCCAGGCCUGGCAGACCCCUACGUGAAGGUCCAGCUCAUGCUGAACCAGAGAAAGUGGAAGAAGAGAAGGACAUCGUCUAGGAAGGGCACAGCCUCCCCUUACUUCAACGAAGCUUUCUCCUUCCUGGUGCCCUUUAGCCAGAUCCAGAGCGUGGAUCUGGUGCUGGCUGUCUGGGCCCGGGGCCCACAGUUUCGGGCUGAGUGUGUGGGCAAGGUCCUGCUCGGCGCCCGGGCCUCCGGGCAGCCCCUGCAGCACUGGGCAGACAUGCUGGCCCAUGCCCGGCGGCCUGUUGCCCAGUGGCACCACCUGCAGCUCCCUGGGGAGGUGGACCGAGCCCUGGCCCUGAAACCCCGCCUACGCCUGCCCCUGCCCGGCUCCUGAACGCACCCCUGGGCUGAAGUGUGGGUACUGUCCAGGCUGCCCCGGGGGACCACUCCGCUGUAAUAAAUGCCUGCUCUUGCUGUGGC